AUAAAAUAUUAAAGUGAAUAUGGGUUCUUGUCAAAUAAAUUGUUGUGCAAUGAAAAAUGGUGAAUUAGUUUAAAAAGAUUGUAGAAAAAAUGAAGUAGAUAUAGAUGAAUUUGAUCUUUCGGAAUAAGAGAAUAAUGAAAAUAGUAUUGCAUCAAUGUCCUAAUAAUAGUAAAUAAAUGAGAAUGGAAUAUAAAAUAAUAAAGAAAGAGAGAAAUUCUAAGAAGAUAAUGAUAAUUAGUCUAUGAGAAAGAAUUUAUAGCGAUAAUAAUUAAAAGAGGUGAGUAUUACAUAUAUAAAUUGUAUGUAAAGAUAGAAAUUUGAUGCAAUAAAAUUAGAUAAGGGUGCAAUUUAUGAAGGAGAAUGGUUGUUAGGUAAAAGAGAUGGGAUAGGGAAAUAAUAAUGGCCAGAUGGUUCAUAUUAUGAAGGUUAAUGGAAAGAUGAUUAGAGUAAUGGUUGGGGAAAAUUAUGUCAUGCUGAUGGUGAUGUUUAUGAAGGAUAAUGGAUAAAUGAUAAAGCAAAUGGUAAAGGUGAUUAUAUAAAUAUAAAUGGUGUAAAAUAUGAAGGGAAUGUAAUUAUUUAAUAUAAUAUUAUAUAGUGGGUUGAUGAUAAAUAAGAUGGUAUUGGAAUUGAAAGAUGGCCAGAUGGUUCUGUAUAUGAAGGUGAAUAUAAAGCAGGUAAAAAAAAUGGAAAAGGAAUUCUAUUAUUAGUGGAUGGAUCUAAAUAUGAAGGAACAUUCUUAGAUAAUUAAAUAGAUGGAGAAGGAACAUAUUAUUGGCCUGAUAGUAGAAUUUAUACAGGUUAAUGGAAGAAAAAUAAAAUGCAUGGACAUGGAUAAGUUAGUUGGUCAGAUGGAAGAAAAUAUAUUGGAGUAAUAUUAUUACUAUAUUUUAGGAAUAUUAUGAAGAUAAAAAACAUGGUAGAGGAUCAUUUGAAUGGGGAGAUGGAAGAAAAUAUGAAGGUAAUUGGAUAAACGGUAAGAUUCAUUUUAUUAUUUUUAGGUAAAUAAUAAGGAAUUGGAAUUUAUUUUAUGCCAAAUGGAGAAUGGAAAGAUGGAAUUAAAAAUAGAUGGUUAGAAGUUUAAGAAAUUGAAUAGUAUCUUCAACAAAAUAUCGAUAAUCUAAAAAUAUAAUGA